CAACAACAUACACCACAUACCUAACCGAUAACGGGGAUGUCAGAAUGGAGGGUAGUUCAAAAUCUGUGAAGAGAAAAAUCGAGGAAGUCGAUGCCGAUGCCAGCGAUGAAAAAUCGUUGGGCAUCAAAAGAUUUUUAAGGGCACCCAGAAAAGGUAGGAGAUUUUCCAGUGAGUCAGGAUGUUUGUUUCGUAUGGUAAAUAUAUUAGAGGAAUUAAUUCUAAUUACUUUCCGAACGAGUUGUGGGUCUUUUCUUCCAAAGAAAUUACAGUGCAGUGUCAACAAAUUAUUUAAAUUUUGAUAUCACUCAGAAACUUCCGACAUAUUUUCCUAAUACCUAGCAAUUAACAUUUUCUUUAAAUUGUUGUAUUCAACCAAAAAACAAUGUAAAUGUCUUCAGUUCCUUGCCGAAAAUAUAGCUAUUUAUUACAUUGUCAAGAUUAUCCUGGUCAAAAACCUGAUCAGACCAUAUUAUAAUUCUGGUAGAAGAGGGGUUGUAUAAUGCUGAUCAGCCCCUUGAAUUGUUCCCGUAUUUUCUCAUGCUUUAAUUCUGAUCUUUUGCAAUGUUUUGGAACUUCUGUCAUCAACUGUUGCACUCGAUUCGGUUAAUAUAUAAUAAGAUUAUCACUAGACUAUUGUAAUAUUCUAGGAACAUAUUUGAACAGAUUUCUUAGUCUUAACCCUUUACACCCUAACAUCAAUAAGUAUAUUCUCCAUACUGUUCUCCAUACAUUUCCUAAAGUGCAGGAAAUGAGAAUAGUAUACUUUUUAAAAAUCAAGAACUUCUUUUGUUUCAUGGUGAUCACUUCCUUUAUUCUGACGCGUGACCUUGAUGAGAGAUUCGGAGAUGAUAUUGUAAGGGGAAACUAGAUGUUAACCACUCUCAGGGACCAAAGGAUUAAUUGAAAAAUUAUAUUUCUAGGUAAGGACAUAACAAGCAGCGAUGUUUCUCAGUCACAUGGCAAUUUGCCCCCCACUUGGAAGUGGAAAGGAACAUUACUUUAUUAUGUGUCACAGAAAAUCCAACCUUCACAACAAAUUGCAGCCUUUGACUUUGAUGGCACUUUGGCAAAAACAUCUUUAUUCAAACAUGGACCAGAUGCUUGGUCCUUACUAUACCCCUCCUGUGUACAGAAACUAACAACCCUUCACAGGGAUGGAUAUAAACUUGUAAUCUUCACUAACCAGGCUGCUAUUGGCAAAGCAAAGGCCUCAAAACAAAAAGUUAUGGAUGAGAAGAAAGGCAGGCUCAUUGGUUUUGUUAAGAAGGUACUAACAGCUCCCAAAGACAAAUUUCUUUCAUAUAUAAGCAUGUUCCAACCAAGGGUCUAAAUUCCGUUGUUUCCUAAACAAAAUUAGAAGCAUGAGCCAGUAAGUGUUGUGGAUCUCCACAAAGGUUGAAUGGAAUUAUGCUGGGAAAAGUAACUAUAAGUCAUAACUUUAGGAUGCCCUUACUUACUGUGUAAACUCAGGGUGCGUGUACAAGUGUUACUCUUUUUGUUCUGCGGUGGUUUAUACACAAUAGAGAUGAAAGGUGUAUGGUUAAGCAUCUGCUUGUUUACCUCUUGAGGAGACCCUUUACCCUUAACACCCUAACAUCAAUAUGCAUAUUCUCCUUACUGUUCUCUAUACAUGUCCUUCAGUACUGACAAGUAGUCAAUUUGUUUAACAAUUAAAGCUCCUUAGGUUGAUGAUCAUUUUGGUUAUUCUUAUGAUCUUGUUGAAUUAUUCGAUAGUAUUAAUAUAUUAAGGACAAAUUAGAUGCUAGUCACUCAUGCUCGGCUAUAGAGGGUCAAGAGAGAGGCAGCUGGUUAUCAACCCUAAUCCUUCUUCCUCUAGAGGAGAUAUGCCAGCCCAAUGGUUACACCUUGAUCUUGGGAUGGUGAGGCCUGUGUACAAGGCCUGACUGGAUCACUGAGUUGUUUUCGUGGGCAGGAAACUUUACUGUUGAGGUGUCUCUCUCCACCCUGGUGUAUAAAUGGGUAGUAGCAAACUGGCAGGGAACCCAGGGGGGUGGAGAGGGGUGUAACUUGAACUACCAUCCCAUUCAGGGGGAGUGGCAAUACUUGCAUUCUCUUCAUUCAACAGAAACAGGAAUAAGCUCUUGCUGGAAAAGCCACUUGGCUUGCAUUGAGUGAACUUUUCCCUUUCAUCUCUCCCUUUUAAUUUUAUCCAGAGACACAUGGCUUCAUGGUCAAUGUAUUGUUUAUUUCUGUUUUUUUUCAGGUAGCUCUACCCUUUCAGAUCUUUGUAGCUACAUCAAAGGAUUGCUACUGUAAACCCAACACAGGGAUGUGGGAAUUCUUCUGUCAAAAAUGUAAUGGUGACAUGAAAGUCAAUAAGGAGAAGAGUUUCUUUGUUGGUGAUGCUGCUGGACGGGCCAAAGACCAUGGAGCAAGUGAUAAAGAAUAUGCAGCAAAUUGUGGACUGACAUUUUACACUGAAGAUGAAUUCUUCAUGAAGGAUGCAUUGAAGAGCAAAGAGAUUGAAUAGGGUUUCCAUACCUGUGGGAAUAUGUACAAUUUUUAUAUUUAAUAUUUUGCUCAUUAUGUAAAAUAGUUUAUUGUUGAUUAAUCAAAAUAUUUAAGAGA